AUGUCUGCCAUUGGAUCUUUAAUUUUCUGCACAGACUGUGGAAAUCUCCUACCAGAGUCGACUGGUGAUCCGACUAAGGUCCUUGUCUGCGAUGUUUGCGGCGCUUGGAAUAAAGAUACUGUUCCCAACACGAUCAUCUCCGAGUCAAAACCGAAUUCCUUCCCGUCGACUUUGAGAGCCAAGAGAUCUGCAGUUCAGACCUUGACAGCUGAAGAUAAGCGAACUGAGGCACUGGCGCAACAUACAUGUGCCAGAUGUGGGAGGAAGGAGAUGUACUUCACAACUGUGCAGUUGCGUAGUGCAGAUGAAGGAAGUACAGUGUUCUACACCUGUGUUUGCGGUUACAAGGAAACCACAAACAACUAG